CAAAAAAUUCUGAGAAAUAAUAAUUUACAUGUUAAACAAGUUUCGUAAUAAAUAAAAAAAUAGGUAGAAAUCGAAAGAAAUGAGUGCUAGAUUGAUCAAUGACCAAAUUGAACCAUGAUCAUCUUCCUCAAUUGGAUUCGGAUCUGUUUCCCAACAAAGGAUCAACUUGUUCUCAGUUUCUACUUUCCCCUCUCCCAAUUCAUCUCUUGAGGGGGAGAAUAAUUAAGGAGUAAGUAAACAUUUAUCAAUCAAUGGCUUCAAGUAAUGAAGAUUUACCUCAAGGAACAGUAAAGAAUGUGUUGGAACAAGAUACCCUAAAAUGGGUAUUUGUUGGUGGAAAAGGUGGUGUUGGAAAAACAACCUGCAGUUCUACAUUGGGUAUCCUUCUUUCUCAGGUCAGAUCUUCAGUUCUUAUCAUUUCUACUGACCCUGCUCAUAAUCUCAGUGACGCCUUUCAACAACGCUUUACAAAGGCACCUACACUUGUCAAUGGAUUCAACAAUUUGUAUGCCAUGGAAGUUGAUCCAACUGUGGAGAAUGACGAGACACUUGGAUCAGAGGGAAUGGAUGAUUUUCUGUCUGAUUUGGCAAAUGCAAUUCCUGGAAUUGAUGAAGCUAUGAGUUUCGCCGAGAUGCUCAAAUUGGUGCAAACAAUGGACUACUCUGUCAUAGUGUUUGACACGGCCCCAACUGGACAUACUUUACGGUUAUUACAAUUCCCAUCAACAUUAGAGAAGGGGCUUGCCAAAGUGAUGAGUUUGAGGAAUAAAUUUGGUGGCGUUAUCAGUCAGAUGAGUCGUAUCUUUGGUGUCGACACUGAAUUUGGCGAGGAUGCGAUCCUAGGCAAACUUGAAGGCAUGAAAGAUAUAAUUGAACAAGUAAACAGACAGUUCAAGGAUCCAGGCUUGACGACAUUUGUUUGUGUUUGCAUUCCGGAAUUCCUCUCUCUAUAUGAGACUGAAAGGCUUGUUCAGGAACUCACUAAAUUCGAGAUUGAUACACAUAACAUUAUAAUUAACCAAGUGCUUUUCGAUGAAGAAGUUGUUGAAUCCAAGCUGCUGAAGGCUAGGAUGCGGAUGCAACAAAAGUACUUGGACCAAUUCUACAUGCUAUACGACGACUUCAAUAUUACUAAGCUGCCUUUGCUGCCACAAGAGGUUUGUGGUGUUGAAGCGCUGAAAGUGUUUUCACAUAACUUUCUGACACCGUAUCAACCUUCACUUCUUCGGGGUUCAGUGGAAGAGCUGGAAAUGAGAAUAGCCACACUGAAAGAACAGUUGAAAGAUGCUGAAGAAGAACUGGAAAAACUUAGAGCAGGUCAACAAGAAAGUAUAAUGUAGAAAGACUUGGCGGGCGGAGGGCAUUAUGUUGCCUUCACUUUUUCUUUAUCCUUUUUAGGAAACAGUGACAUCUAAAAAAAAAAAUGUUUUUCUUGAGAUAAUUAUUUCUUCUUUUUUUGUAUAAUUUUUUCAUUCUUUUAGUUCAUUUGUACCUUCAAGAAGACAAUAAUGAGGUUUAUAAUAGUAUUCAUGAAGUAAACUUGAACACACCAUUAUAGUGUAUUUUAAAGUGGACUCUGAUUAAUGUUAACGAUUAUCAGUGA